AUGAGCGAAAGCAGCUCCUUCCAUGGUUACUACUCGAAUAAUUGCAAAAUCAAGCACUGUUUUCGGAGUACCAAGACGAUUAGGACAGUAUUCAGUGCAAGGAAGAAGAUCUCUAUUAGCAAGGCCGGAAACAGGUGCGCGCUGUUGGGAGGAUGCCGGGGAAUCAAGAGGAAGUUGAUCCAAUUUGAAGUAGCCAAGUCAGGAUCUAUCAAAGGUAGGAUUUCUCGGUGUGCUCAAUUCCCCUGCUCUAUCCAGCAGUGUGCUCACAUCGGUGUGCUCAACCCGCAGCUUUUGAAUGUAGUACAGGGCUCAAUCAAUCUCAUAGAAGAUCAGGAGAUACCUAGGAAUCGAGGAAUCGAGAUACCGAGUGAAAGCAAUACAGCAGAUAAGAAAGCUCAUACAGGGAUUCAAACAGUGCUCAGUGGAGAAAGUUCUCCCUUGUUCUCGGGGUAG